GAUUGGCCGUCGGGAGAUUGUUGUUGACCGCUUCGGGCUUUGGGCCGGUACUAAGCGGGGCUGCUGGGAGCAGUAGUAGGGGUAUAAUGGCGGAGGGGUGGUCGGGAAGCGGCGCACGGCGGAGGCGGAUCCUUUGCAGGAAUUUCAUCCAUGGAGCUUGCAAAUGGGGACAUAACUGCUAUUACUCGCAUGACCUGUCUGUGCAGAAAUCAUCCCAGCUCUGUAGGCAUUUUUUAAAUGGAUUUUGCUUCUAUGGAGACCACUGCAGAUAUCAACACAUACAACCAACUGUAGGAUGGUCAUCUGGGAGCAGACGUGGUUCUGAGCCUGCCCUUCAGCUGAGGAGGACUGGAGAAUCUUCUCAGACUUCCCAUUAUGUGGAAUCUAGACACAACACUAGAGGAUACAACCCCAGAAACAGGCGUGGUUCUGCUCCUACUAUUCAUCAAACUGCAGUUGGAUCUUCUCAACCUUCCCGUACUGCCCACUCAACUACUGAAAUGGCCUCUUGGAGUCAAUGUGGUUCUGAACCUACUGUCUCAAGUUCCCUGCACUUGAGAAAUAAUGAGUGCUUUGGCAUGCAGCUGGAGGAAGAAGCUGAAGAAGAUAAGGAAAAUGAAACUCCUUCAAAAUCAGAACUUGGUGAAGGACAAUUACCGUGGCUGUUUCAAGAGUGUGACUAUUCAUCAGCAUCACAGGCAGCAGGUUCUGCUCAGCGUACGUGCCAGAAACCAAACAAUGGAGUCAACCAUUUAACUCAGGAUGACCUGAAGGACUCUUUGGCUUCUCAAUCUACUGUGAAGAAAAAAAUGACCACAAACCAGGCCUUUGAAAUGAGCAAAGAUAUUAUUUGUGGAAUAUGCAUGGAUAAAGUCUAUGAAAAAACACCCUCUAAAGACAGGUGCUUUGCAAUUCUUCCUGACUGCAAUCACGCUUUCUGUGUGACCUGUAUCAAGAAGUGGCGACACAGCAAGGGAUUUACCAAUAAUAUACUUAAAGCAUGUCCUGAAUGUAGAGUUGUGUCCAGUUACUACAUACCAAACAGAUAUUGGGUAGUUGAUGAAGAGAAACAGGAGCUUAUUACAAAGUUCAAAGCUGAAAAGAGGAAAAUAAGAUGCAAGUUUUUUCUGCAAAGUAAUGGCAAAUGUCCUUUUAAAUCUGAAUGCAUAUACUUGCACGAAUUUCCAGAGGGAUAUCGGCCAGCUCGGCGUCAGCCAAGAAAGCAGAGCAAUCAUCCUUCUUUUGGACUUGGAUGGAACGAUGACGACGACGAUGAUGAUGACCUUGAGCGUGCCUUUCAUCUUUUUGGUGUGCUUUCCCUUGAUUCUUUUUUAGAGAAUGCAGACUUUCAUUAUGAACUUUUUGAUUCAGAUCUGUCUGAUUUUAGUCUGGAUUAUGAUUUUGAUUCUUCUUCUUCUGAUGAUUAAUGGUGCAAUCAAAGCCUUUAAGACUGGUGUAGUGCUACUGCAUGUAGCAGGUAAAUAUUAAUGACAGUAGUUUUUCCUAUCUGGCAGUGCCGUUGUAGAUAGCAGGCUAGUCCAUACAGUUAGGUAUUGGAAUAGGUCUAUUUACACUGGUCUAUUGUUAGUAAAUUUUAUUUCUCAGUGUAGUGACACCAAAAUCUAUUAUGCUACCUUAUUUAAAGCUGGCAGUUUCUCAGCAAUUCAAGUCCUUUAGAUUGAAGACUUAAACACUUGCAAACUGAGUAGCACAUGUGAUGUAUCUCAAUGGUUUGAAAGAUUUGUAUUGUGAUUUUCUGAAGAAGGAUUGAUUCUGCUGAAUUCCGUGAUCACUGCAGGGAUAAUAUUCACUGGGGAAUUGUCUGUUGCACCAAACUUUGUAAAUGUGUGCUAGCAGGCCAACUGACGUGUAUGCUGUAGUGAUACUGAGUUACUACGCCAAAGUUUUAGAGCUGAAUAAUGUAGAUUUGUAAUGGCUACAAUUGUCCUUUAUAGGAACAAAUGGACAUUUAUCAUAAGAAUCAGUGAGUUUAACAUUUUUGUAACUUGAUCAAUAAUGAGCUAUUAAUAAAAUAAGC